AUGCACCCUUCGCAAGGUGUGCAGCCUUCACAAAGAGCGCAGCCUUUGCAAGGAGUGCAGCCUUUGCAAGGAGCGCAGACUUCGCAAGGAGUGCAGCCUUCGCAAGGAGCACAGCCUUCGCAAGGAGUGCUGCCCUCGCAAAGAUUUCAGUCUUUGCAAGGAGUGCAGCCUUCACAUGGAGUGCAGCCUGGGCAUCAGUGCAGCCUCUGCAUGGAGUACAGCCUUCGCAUGGAGUGCAGCCCUCACAUAAAGCCUUCGCAUGGAGUGCCACCUUCGCAUGGAGCGCAGCCUUCGCAUGGAGUGCAGCCUUUGCAUGGCGUCCAGCCUUCGCAUGGAGUGCAGCCUUCACACGGAGUGAAGUCUUCGCACGGAAUACAGCCUUCGCUGGGAGUGCAGCCUUUGCACGGAAUACAGCCUUCGCAAGUUGUGCACCCUCCGCAAGGUGUGCACCCUUCGCAAGGAGUGCAGCCCUCGCAAGGACUGCAGUAUUCACAAGGAGUGCAGCCUUCUCAUGGGGUGCAGCCUUCAGUUGGUGUGUAG